CACAUCUCUCUCUGUCGCUCACUCUCUCUCUCCAUCAAAACAUGGCAGCUCGCCGGAAUCUCUCCCUCAUCUUCUUCCUAGCAUUCUCCACUCUCCACUCCCUCUCCCAAUCACAGUCCGACCCCAUCCUCUACGACAUCUACCCAUUCAUCCGAGUCUACAAAAACGGCACAAUCCAGCGAUUCAUUGGACAAGACUUCUCCCCUCCUUCCACCGAUCCCGCCACCGGCGUCCAAUCCAAAGACAUCCACUUCUCCCACCUCUCCGCCCGCCUCUACCUCCCCAAAAACCCCGCCGGCAAACUCCCCCUCCUCAUCUACUUCCACGGCGGCGGCUUCUUCACCGAGUCCGCCUUCUCUCCGACCUACCACCACCACCUCACCUCCCUCGUCGCCGCCGCCAAAAUCGCCGCCGUCUCCGUCAAUUACCGAUUAGCCCCGGAGCACCCCCUCCCCGCCGCCUACAACGACGCUUGGCUCGCCCUCCAAUGGACAUUCUCCCGCUCCGAUCCGUGGAUAAAAAAUCACGCCGAUUUGGGGAAAAUUUACCUAGGCGGAGACAGCGCCGGGGCGAAUAUAGCCCACCGCAUGUCCAUCCGGGUCGGGUCGGAUAAUUUAGGCCCGGGAAUUAAUCUGCGAGGGAUGUUCCUCAACUGCCCGUUUUUUCUGGGGAAGAAGGAGAUCGGGAAUGAGUCGGGAGAUGCAUAUGCGGAGGAGCAGAUGCGGAAGCUGUGGGUGUAUGCUUACCCGGGUUCGGAGGCGGGUCUGGACAACCCGCUGGUGAACCCGGGUAUGGAUCCGGGGCUGGGAAGGUUGGGGUGCGGGAGGGUACUUGUGUACGUGGCGGGGAAGGAUGUGUUGAGGUUUAGGGGGAGGUACUACGCGGCGGCGCUGAGGCGGAGCGGGUGGAAGGGGGAGGUGAAGGUGGUGGAGGUGGAAGGGGAGAGCCACGUGUUCAAUUUGAUCAACCCGAAUACGGCCAAGGCUGCCGCCAUGGUUCGAGUGUUGGCUUCGUUUCUCAACCAGUCGUGAUUUUAGUAUUAUCUUUUUGUUUUUAGUUUUAUUAUUAUUAUGAGGAAAUAUUAAAACCGUGUUAUCCUCAUUGUCUGUACCCUGGAUCUAAACUAAUCAGUUGGCGCCAGCUUGUCGGUGUACGCUGUACACUCUAUAGUAAAUUGCAUGUCAACCAAUUGCUAUGUUUAAUA